UCCCCCUCACAUCGCGAACAGAGUAGACGUGUUUCAUAACGCUCCGUAUAAUUUUAAUUAUUUCAACGGUUCACUUAAACUUAAGUGUCCUAGCUUUGGUGAUGUGAUACAUAAAACGUUGUAAUUUAAGUAUACAGUGAUAGUUGCAUGUAAAAUCAGUGUUAAAUUCGUUUUUUUAGUCAAUAACUUGUAGUGUAUAUAACUGAUGUGACGGUGUAAAUGUCAUUCGUAAUCUAAACUACCGUCCACAACGUUUUUAAAAUCAUAAUAACUUAAUAACAGUUAAAAAAAUUCAAGAGUUACGUAACGAAGCGGUCAGCCUAUUUCUGCAUAACGCGGCCUCGACUGCGUGCGCGGGAGUGCACCGCGUUCUCAUCCCACCGUGGAUCAUCAUUUUGUUUACAAAAUUUUAACUACAAAACUCUUAUUUGAAACAAAAUUUCUGGAUUGUUUAACUUUAAAAUAAAUACUCGCCGUAGCUGUAACAAGUCAUGGAGUCGACAUUGAAUAAUAAAUCGGUCUCGGAAUCGAAUAUCUCACAAGAGUUUCCAUCGCCUGUGUAUGUCUCUCAGCGAAAUAAAAGAGCCCGAGAACCCAAUUUUGAAGUCGAUUUUAACGCCUUCAGAGAAGAAAUGAAGAGCAUGAUAUCUUCGAUGUUUGCCGUACAGAGUAAUGAUAUAAAAAAGAUUUUUCCCACAUUAUCUGAAAUACAAAUUUCUAACAGUAAUAUAGAAAAGUCGAUAUCGUUCCUGUCUGCUCAACAUGAAGAAUUAAAAAGAAAAAUUGAUUUAAUGGAAGCUCAAGCUAAAAAAGAUAAAGACUACAUAACUAUCCUAGAAGACAAGUUAGAGGACCUCCAAAGAGUAAGUCGAAAAAUGAACGUAGAAAUCAAGAAUGUUCCAAAAAUGCCACAAGAAUCCAAAGAAGACCUUAUAAAUAUGGUUAAGCUUUUAUCUGAAACCGUUGCAUGUAAAGUGGAGAAACGUGAUAUUCAAGACAUUUAUCGUAUCCAGGCAAAGAAUAAGAAAGAACAAACUAAACAACAACCCAUCAUAGUGGAAAUGUCCUCUGCUAUUCAAAAAGCCGACUUCCUUAAGAUGGCAAAAUCCUACAACCUAAGACACAAAGAAAAAUUAUGUGCAAAACAUUUAGGCAUAAAAAAUAACUACAUGGACAACCCAAUCUUCAUAUCUGAACAACUGACGGCUAAAGGCGCAAGGCUACAUUUCCUAGCUCGUGAUCUUGCGAAGGCAAACCAGUACAAAUAUUGCUGGACUGCCUACGGGAGAAUUUACGUCCGAAAAGAUGAUAAUUCUCGAAUUAUAAUAGUAAAAAAUGAAGCUCAAGUAAACAGUCUCAUGAACUUAAAAUGACUAGACAUAUCUAACUGUUUUAACUCAUCGCUUUCGUUUUCUUUUAUGUUACGUAUAUUCUUUGUAAAUUUUUAUGCACAUCUAUUGUUAAAUUAUAAAUACAAUUUUACACAACAUCCUCAUCACUACUCAUAUACUUACACAGUUCUAAAUACACAUUCAACCCAGUCAGACAUUCUAAAUCGCUCUUUACUUAAAAUUUUUUGUAAUGUUCAUUUCUUUCUAGUUAUAGUCUGUUCAUCUUUAUUAGACGACAGUUAUGAAUUGUCUUAACACUAUAUGUGAAGUAGAUAACAUAGAAUUUGCAACUGUACAUGUUGAUAACAUUGAGAACAUUUCUCGGCUAUUAGGUGUGACACGAAAUGAUUUUACUGUAAUAUGUCAAAACAUCAGAAGUGUUUAUUCAAAUUUUGAUGAUCUGCAACUUAACCUAGCUCUUCUAAAAUUUCAAACAGACUUAAUCAUCCUCAGUGAAUGUAGGUUAAGAACAGAAAAAAGCAUUCCCCAUAUACCGAAUUAUAACUCCUAUGUGACAACAAAUCACCUCAACCGUGCAGAUGGUGUGGUUGCGUAUCUUAAAAGCAACCACAGGGCCACUGUUACUGAAGUUUACUUAACGCACGCGUCCUGUCUGCAAGUUAGUCUACCUAACGUUACUGCCCUUGCUAUUUAUCGUUCUCCCUCCAUUGUUAAUGCAAAUGAA